AUGUUUUUAAAAGUUUACAUCAUUUUUGCGAUUAUCGUCCUGGCUUUGGUCUUAUCAACUUCUUCUGCUCCUGUUGACGACAAAGGUGGUUUUGUCGAAAUGAAAUCGCUCAAUUCAACAAAAAUCAAACGUGACGCCAAUCCAAGUUCCGAAUCGCCUGAUGGUGCUUUUUACAAUAUGGCUGAUCUUAAACAAGAAAGAAGCGAUUUUAAUCAAACUAUUGCUGAGCGUGAUGCUGAAAAGCAAUAUCUCGCGAAGC